CUAAAAGGUUAUAUAUUUUGUGGUUCAUUGGUGAACACUGAGCAGUUGUAUUAUGUAUUUUUAUUCUUGUGGUUAAGUUAAACUACUUGUUUAAUACCGACACAAUCAAAACAUGAGAUUAUCAGUGAAUUUAUAUUUGGUAUCUUUUUAAAUUAUAAAAUAUGUGGAAUCAUAUUUUCAACAGAAUUUUCAGUGGAUAGUAAUGUGAAAACAUUUAAACAGUGAGUGUUUAGUGUUUAGUUUCAAUUGAACGGUGAGAUCGCUGUAAUAAAGUUUGAGGUUAAAUGUUAAACAAUGAGUUAAACUAAGUUAUCCGUAAUUCUUGAAGAGUAUUUAAAAAAUGUGUAAUGAAAAUAUGUCCUGUGAGUCGUCUAAAGAUCGGCAAAAAAACGAAAUCGAGGUUCUGAAGAGUAUUUUUGGAGAUGAGCUUCGCGAUUUACGUCAUGAAAAAAAUAGACGGAAAUGGCAACCAUUAGACAUAGUAAUUACUUUGAUGCCUCAGAAAGGCAUGUCAGGUCCAGCUAAAGUGUAUGCACAAAUUGAUCUACAUGUAAUGUGCAGUGAUAAGUAUCCUGAUGAAGUACCAAACAUAGAGUUGGAAAAUAGCAGAGGCUUAUCUCAUCAACAAGUUGCAGUAUUAUAUGCCGAAUUAGUGGAGCUAACAAAACAAUUACAGGGAGAAGUAAUGAUCUUUGAAUUAACGCAACAUGUUCAGAAAUAUUUACAUGAGAAUAAUAAACCAAGUUACAGUAGCUUUUAUGAAGAAAUGGUUUCACGACGUCAAGAAAAGAUCGAAUAUGAAAUGUUGGAAAAGCAGUUGAAAGAAGAUAAAGAAAGACAGGUAUUGCAGGAUGAAAUCCAAAAAAGGCAAGAAGCUUUAAAAGCUGAACUUCGUAAUCGGAAAGAAUCUAUUCGCUUAUAUUGUGAUCGAUCAAAUAAUCCUUCUCAAUCAAUACCAUCAUCUCCACAAGAGAGAUCACGGAUUUAUUCUCGACGAAGAUGUGCUAGUAGUUCUGAAAGUUCUGACGGUUUUCUAUGCGAACAUAGGGGCACAAAAUUAUUACACUUUGAUCAUAAUAGAGGUGAACGACAAGUGUACAGAGCAAAAUGUAUGGGUCAUAGUACUAAGGGAUCAGUCGUUUAUGCAGGUGUGGAUAUGACAACUGGAGAAUUGUUUGCAAUUAGUGAAUGGACAUUAAAAGUAAAUAAUAAAAUUGAAGAAAAUAAUAUUCAACAUAUCAUGAAACAAGUAGGAAGCUUAGAACAAGAAGUAAAUCAUUUACAUAAAUUACAUCAUCCAAAUCUUGUACAUUAUUUAAAUAUGAAGUAUCUGCAGGAGGAAGAUGAUGUACUUAUUUAUGUUCUUCAAGAAUUUGUGAUAGGUACGAGUUGCUCCUUUUUUUUACUGGAAAAUAUCGCAGUAGACAUCGAUUUCCUGCGAUAUUUGGCAACUGGCAUCCUUUCUGCUUUACGAUAUCUCCAUGAGAAUAAUGUUGUCCACAAAGAUCUACGUGAUACCAGUAUCUAUAUUGAUAACACAGGAGUAGUUAGAUUAUCAGAUUAUUCUUUAAAUAAAAGAUUGUCUGAUAUUUAUCAGACAUGUACAAUAAUCAAGCCUGAACCAGAUUUUCCGAGUGUACAAGGCAGAGGUGGAAAAAAGGCAGAUAUCUACCGUUUUGGUGUUCUUAUGUUUUCUUUAUUAAAAGGAAUCAUAGUUUCUGGAGAUAAAAUUGAUCCAACAAAAAUUGUACAGCUUGAUCUUCAAGAUUUCUUAUUAAAGUGCCUUAUCAAUGAUGAAAGAAAACGUUGGUCAGCCGAACAACUAUUACAACAUUCGUUUAUAAAGGCGCCUUUAACCCAUGCAUUAUCGCCCCCAAAAAUACCACGGAGAGAUGAACAAGAGAAUCAUGAACCAGAAGAACCAGAUACAGAUAUUAGACAAUAUGUACCUCCAUUAGGAGGUCAAUUAAGAAUUACGAAUGAAUUCGAAAUUCUUGAAUGGCUUGGUAGAGGUGCUUUCGGCGAUGUUCUAAAAGUGAAAAAUAAAUUAGAUGGUGGAAUUUAUGCUAUUAAAAGGAUAGAAUUGAACCCAAAAAAUAAACAACUUCACAAAAAAAUUACCAGAGAGGUGAAAUUGUUAUCUCGGAUGAAUCAUGAAAAUGUAGUACGAUAUUACAAUUCAUGGAUAGAAAGUUCUAUAAUAACUGAUGCAGUAGAAGAACGUGCAUCCAUGACAUUUUCUGAAAAAAAGAGUCCAGAGCUGCUUAAUCAUUUAAUAACGGAUGAUAUUGAAAAAUUAGCACCACCAAUACCAAUACACGAGGUUGAAUGGAAUGUUUCAUACAGAUCUCGAACAAAUACAACACUUCCAGCUGACAGCGAUGAGGAUAACAGUGAUGCGUCCAGUGACAUUGACAGUGAUGAAGAUUGUGCGUUUUUAAUGCAGAAUCUUCUAAGAAUGGAUUCUUCUGAUAGUAUAGAAUUUGUAGGAGAUACAAAUUAUCAAGCAUCUGCAUCAAAUAUAAAAAGUGAUGAAAAUGGUGAUAUGAAUGAAUCAAAAGAAACAGUCAGAGAAAUUCCAUUUAUGUAUAUUCAAAUGGAAUUCUGUGAAAAGAGUACUCUUCGGACAGCAAUUGAUAAUGGAGUUUAUGAAGAUCAAGAAAGAGUGUGGAGAUUGUUUCGAGAAAUUGUGGAAGGUCUAGCACAUAUUCAUCAACAAGGAAUGAUACAUAGAGAUCUAAAACCAGUAAAUAUAUUUUUGGAUAGUAAUGACCAUGUAAAGAUCGGAGAUUUUGGUUUAGCAACUACAAAUAUACUUUCAUCCUUUGUACAAACAAUGGAAACUGAUAAAGAAUCUCAAGGUUUUGAAAAGGGGAUUAGUUUUGGCACAGAAGAUGUUGGAUCUCUCACAGGACAAGUAGGCACAGCACUUUAUGUAGCUCCAGAACUUACAACAAAAGCAGCAAAAGCUAUUUACAAUCAAAAAGUUGAUAUUUAUAGUCUUGGAAUAAUAUUGUUUGAAAUGUGUUACAAACCUCUAACUACAGGAAUGGAACGAAUUAAAGUUUUGCUUAAUUUACGAUCGAAAGAAAUUAUACUUCCAUCAGAAAUACAACAAGCUGAUAUGUCACGACAAAUUCAUAUUUUACGGUGGUUAUUAAAUCAUGAUCCUAGUCAACGGCCUACUGCUCAAGAACUCCUUUCUUCGGAAUAUUUGCCUCCUGCACGACUUGAAGAGACGGAAUUGCAAGAAAUGAUCCGGCGCACUCUUUCAAAUAAUCAAAGCAAAGCAUAUAAAUAUUUGAUUUCAUGCUGUUUUACGCAGGAAGUUAGUCCUGCAGACGAUAUUACUUACGAUAUGAAUUUACCUAGUAGGGGGCAUAUUAACUUUAUUGCUUGGAGAAAACAUCAAGAAGGAGUUAAAAGCAAAGUAAUCGAGAUUUUUCAAAGACAUGGUGGUGUUUACUUAGGAACUCCUCUAUUGAUACCAAAAUCGCAUCAAUUCUGUAGCUUUUCAACUUCCAGUGUAAAAUUAAUGACUCGUAAUGGAAACAUUGUUUGUAUCCCUCAUGAUUUACGCGCUGCAUUUGCAAGAUACAUAGUAUGGAAUAAUGUACCACAUAUUAGAAGAUAUGCAAUUGAAAGAGUCUUUAGAGAAAAAAAGGUAUUGGGCUUUCAUCCUAGAGAACUUUACGAAUGCGCAUUUGAUAUAAUAAAUCCUACUCCUGAUAAUCUUCUAAUGGAAGGUGAAUUAAUAUACAUUGUCUGGGAAAUCAUCAAUGAAUUACCUCCAUUGCAAGAACGAAAUUUUACUAUUCGUUUGAACCACACCUCUUUACUACAAGCUGUAUUAAUGUAUUGUGGAGUAGAUAAAGAAAAAUAUCAAGAUAUUUAUUCAAUCCUUCGAGAUGCACGUGAUGGAAAAUUUACAAAGUUUCAAAUACAGACGCAUUUAAUAAGUUUAUGUUUGACUGAUCAGGCUAUGGAGACAUUAUUCAAUUUGUUUGAAACGGAAAGUUCUGUUGCUAAAAUUCAUAGUGUUUUAAAAACAAUUACGCGAAGAAAAGGAGAUGCUGCUGCUUUAGCUAGAGAAGGACUGAAGGAAAUUGAGAUAGUUAUGGAAAAUAUUGAAACACUUGGAGUAAAGUGGCCUGUACUGGUUGUACCUCUUCUAGUGCACAAUAUAAAUCAACAUAGUGGUAUAAUUUAUCAAAUUACCUACGAAGUUAAGCGGCGUAAAAAGAAAGGUGGAGAAGAAGUAAUAGCAGCAGGAGGUCGUUAUGAUAAAAUGCUUUCUUCUUUUAAAAAGAUUCUUGAACGUACAGGAAUGGCCAGUAAAGAAAUUAAACAAUAUGGCGCAGGAAUUAGUAUCUCACUAGAAAAACUUGUUUCUGCAGUCUCGGAAACUUCAGAAUCUUUAGAAUGCAGAUACGGUAUCGACGUUGCCAUUUCUUGUAUGGGCAAUCAUCAUCGAGAAAAGGAGAUGAUCGAUCUCUUAAAAGAAUUAUGGAGUCUUGGACUCAAAGUUACAAUUUUAGAUCUGGUUUCCCUUGAAGAAAUCCUUGAAUAUUGUCGAGAAAACUCUAUCAGUCACGUUAUUCUUUUAAAACCCGGAGAAAAAGGGAAUAUAAGAAUUCAAAGUUGGGAACGUGACAGGUAUCAAGAAAAAAGAAUGAGUAAUCAAGAAGUUGGAGAAUUUUUUCAAAGAUUAGAUAAUUCGAUACCUGUUCUAAAUAGAUCUGAAAGCAAAACAGUAACAAAUGAUUGUUUUUUGAGUAAUAACAAUCCAGUUAAUGUCAAUAUUAAUUUUAUUUUAUCCGAAAGAGACAAACUUUCUGGUAGUUCUAGAAGAAGUCUAAAAAAUUCUAUGGUUGCACAAAUGUCUACAUAUUUCCAGAGGAUUUCACAUAAAAUUCCAAUUGAAAUAUUUGCGUUAUUUUUAGAAAUGAGUGUUAUAAGAACAAUAAUAAGUUUCUUAGAAAUUGAUGAAGAAGACCAAGAUUUUCUAAAAAGUAUACAAAUUAUCAUAGACAAACAUCCAAGACAUAAAAAGUACAUAAAGGAGAUAUGUGAAGAAAUGCAAGAAGUAAGGAAAGAGAAACAAAGACCUGUAUUAAUACUAUAUAGUUUAAUCAAUAAUCAAUAUAUGACUCUCUUAUAAACUAAAUUUUUCUACACAAAACGUGAACAUAUGAACAUGAAAUGUCAUAGACGGAGAAAUUUGUAACUAAAGUUACAAACUGAUUUUUAAUAAAAUAAAUCAUUCUUUUUUUACAUUCA